AUGACACUCAGAGGUAUCUUAAUGCUUGGCGUUCUUUGCCGACUUACAAAUGUUGCCGCAGGUAAGUGAAGCUUAAUGUUAAACGUAUUAAUCAGUUCUAAAAAAAGGUUCCACAAUGAUACGUAUAGAAACCCGGUGUGGCAUCAUGCACAGUUCAAUUUAGUUUUAUCAACUGAGUUGAUAAUGUGAAUUUGCCACCCGCGUAAAAUGAUUCUAAAGCUGAUGUUUCGAACGUUAUUAGUCACUUGCUCUAAAGAAGGCUGAUAACGCUCGUAACAUCAGUUUUCAACAUCUUAACGACGGUCAAUUUACAUUAUCAACUCAGUUGGUAAAAACGAAAUUAUAUUGUAUUACAGCCAACGACGCUGCAUUACAGUUUCUUUAGAACCGAACUUACUCACUUUGUUCAUUAUGCACAGUGUCUGAUUGGCUCCGUCCAGAAGAGGGCAAGUUAGUCUUAUUAACUGAGUUCAGUUGAUGACAUUAAUUGGCCACGGUAAAGAGUUUAAAAACCGACGGUUUGAGCGUUAGCCCCUCGUCAGAGCAAUUAGUCUAAAAGUCUCGAAGAAACGAAUAAAAGAGAUCCUCGCACCUAUAAACACUACUGAACUAGUAGUUGAAAUAAGACCUGAAAAAAUUUCAGGCCCGUACGGGAUUUGAACCCACGACCUCUGCGAUAUCGGUGCAUGGUCAUGGUUCAAAUCCCGUACGGGCCUGAAUUUUUUUCAGGUCUUAUUCCAACUACUAGUUCAUUAGUGUUUAUAGCUGCAAUGAUCUUUUAUAUUCGUUUCUUCACCGCAGUACACAUAUACGAUUUUCAUAUAUCUACAAUCAUUAAGUCUCGAAGACUUGCACUGCCCUCUCAACCAAUGAGAAGUAAACUAAAAAACUGCGAAACUAAACCUCGUCGUACUCAGUCACUCGCUGUUUCCUGCGCUUCAGGUACUUUUCUAGUUUAUCAAGACUGGGUCCUUGUGAAAUUGACCUUUGUCAAGUUUGUCCUGACUAACUAACACCGUUCUUUGUUAGAUUGUGUUGCACAUUUAUCAUUGUCAAAUCACUGUUCAUGUAAUUUUGUAACGUCAGUCUUGCUUGUUCUUCACCAAGGUGCUGCAUCGCCUCACGUCAGUUGCAACCGGACGUACAAGAAGCUUGGCUGCUUUAAAGCAAACUCCAAACCAUUAGACACCCUAUUGAUAACUGACCGAGGCAAAGUGGAUUGGGAAAACUGGGAAGCUUACGUUCACAGGUAAAAUGAUUACAUGUCACGCCUUCGACUUAUAGUUCACACUCAUUUGCUCUAAGGUUGGGUGUAAAUUUUGCGAAAUCUCUGUCUUGUAGAGGAAUGUUUUCCUAGAACUAAGUACGUCGAUUGAAAUUGUGGGUUUUGAAUUCAUGCAUUUGGUUGCAUACGAAAAUGCUAUGCAGUGACUUGUCUUAGAGGUAGUAAAAAUAGAAAGGGAGGUGGGUGGGUCAACAGAUAUUUUUCGCUUCAACUCGUCCCCAAAAGUGUAGCAGCUAUUAAUCUUCGUUUUCUUUAAUGCACUGUAGCCUGGCCUGCCGUUGUACCGAGGCAACACGAAAGAGAGGCUUUACACACUUUGGGCUGCAGAACUUUGGAGAAUGUUGGAGUGGAUCUGAUGCAGAUAAACGGUACAAGCGUGAUGGCGAAUCAGACCAAUGUGUAAUGAUUUUUCAACAACCGUUUUCACUGUGUGAUAACCUGGACGACCCUAGGGAGUGUGCGGGAUACCCGAAUGUAAACUAUGUCUAUCGAAUUGGUGAGUAAGAUUCUCUUUGCUUUUCUUCUAUAUGGAACCUUCACGCUGACGGGAACUCCCAGGGAUUGAGUGCCCCUAGGAAAACCAAUCACACUACGAAUCUCACUAAGGAUAUUAAAAAAAAAAAAAAAUGGCUCCGCGACCUAAACAACUGAAGUUUGAGUUCCAGAAAAGAAGUAUUCCUUUGAUAAAGGUCUCUCGCAAGUGAGUGACAUUUGUCUUUCAGUAAAUACAUAAACUGACUUUCAUUAGGUUUUCGAGCAGUUUCAAGUUUAGUAUUGAAAAUGAUUCGGAAUCGAAUUAAUUUUGCUUUACUCUGUUUUUGUGGCAGUAAUUGGUCAAAAAAAGCUCGUGCCACUCUCUCAACCAAUCAGAUGCAAAACUAAAACUAAUCGCAACUUGGUCACCCGCGUUUCCCGUACUUUAGGCAGUUUGCUUGGUUUGACUUUGACUUCUCAUUGGCUCUUAAGGGUAUUUUCCUUUCUUCUGAUUGGUUGUGGUGAUAACUUUGGCUUUGGUUUUACGAGACUCAAUCGAAAAACGCUUUGUGCUCAGUUCUUCGAUCAAUACAUGUUCCACAUUCUUGCAAGCCUUGUACAAGCCAAACACUGUUUCCCCUCACAAUAUUUUCUUAAAAUUUCAAAACGGAAUUACUUGUCUAAUACCCCGUUCACACCAGCAAAACAUGUUUUGUUAAACUGGUUUUCAUUGAAUGAAAAUUAUAAACAGAGAACUGAAAAACUUGAUUUUCCAUUGGAUUCAAGUACUUGCUAACUUGCAUUUCCAAUGUGCUACAUUCAGUUUAAGCUUUGGUGUGAAUGGGGCAUAAGUUGUAAAAUUGCUGACGUAUUUUAAGGAAAAAAUGGUCUCUUUCUUUACAUUUGACUCUUUAUCAAAUUUACUUUCUUUAUUUUGUAUGUGUACACUCAGAAAACGACGAUGAAUGUUCGAAGAGUCCGUGCAAAAACGGUGCAACUUGUGUCAACACACCGAAAGGUUUCGACUGUAAAUGCCCGCAAGGAUUUAAGGGGGCUCUGUGCGAUGAAGGUAGCAAUAAUCUGACAGUUAUUAAUCCUUGAAAAUUCCGUGAAAAUAUAUCUGUUUGGGCAAAGUAGAUUCUAUUUUAUCAAUUUUUAUCAGAUAUUCAUGUUAUUUAUAAUUAGUUAGACCAUAUUUCUGUAAGAUUAUAUUGGUCAAUAUAUAUAUUUCUCUUCCUUACCGUUCCAGAUAAAACAUGUUGUUUGGUUUUGUAAUCUGGUCGUUCGGGUGAGAGUAGUAAUGCAAAAUGUUUGUGCCAAAUUUUGUGAUAUUUAAAUAAAACUUUGACCUGAAAAAUUUAAGGGGAACACCCGAAAAAGUACAAAAAAUGCACAUCUUCAGAAAAUGCAAUUUAAAAUAUUUGAUAUCAUGAAAAUGUCUUCAAACCAGUUUUUCACACCGAAGUCACUAUUUUGACAAAGUAUGCAGAAAUGCAUGUUUAAAAUCUUCUUUUGCUCUUCUUCCGCCUUUUUUAUUUCCCACGGGUACACUUUUCCCACGGGUACACUGAAAGGUUCCAUUCUUAAAAAUCGUCAACUUCCUAUGUGGCAAGUGACUUUCUUGGUCAGUAUUUUCCAGAUUUUCAGAAUGGUGGCAAGUGUCACAGACAUCCUUGAUGCCUUCAACUCUAACAUUUGUUUGGUCUUUUCAGUCUCUAUUAUCGCUCAAGGGAGCUCAAUACUAAAAAAAUGCUCUCAAUUCCGAGAGUACUCUUGAAUUCUCUAUUUCCAGCUUGAAAUGAAGAAAUGCACACUCCAAACAUGGCUCACUAACUCUGUUUGACUUUAUCGGUGUAGAUAUAGAUGAGUGUUCAAACAGCCCGUGUAAAAACCAAGGCACGUGCGUGAACACGAUUGGUGGAUUCCGUUGUACGUGUCCACAAGGAUUCAAAGGCGAUCUCUGUGAUGAAGGUACCUGAUAGAUACUACGUGUAUAAGACAAAUGACUCGGAUGUAAGGGUGCAACGGUGUUGGAUUGAACAACCGAUGCUCGAAAGUUAAAGGGCUCGUAAGUAAAAUCUACGAAAGUUUCUUUCGGCUAUGGUUUAAUUUGAUAUAUCGUGAUCACGAUUAUCAGUAAUUUAUUUCUGGGACCACAUGUUUACUUCAAAUUUGUUCGGGACCCUCUUAUUUUACUCUUCCCCAGUCCCUUACGAGGGAGGUGCACCUCAGGGGGCUUUACAUGUAACUGUGCUCAAAGAUUCGAAGGGAAACUAUGCGAACGAGGUAUCCUUUAUCUUCUUUUAACUGUUUUUUUUUUAACUCUCCUAAAUUUGGACGAUUAUUGGCUUGUUGUGACGAAAGGUAAUUAACAAACUGAGGUACGUUUUUGCACAGACGUUACACUCGUCUCGUACCAGACCUCGCACGCCCGAGAGUAGUUACCGCCAUUCCGAACGUAGAGGCAGAGUCUACGGAGCAAUGUAGUAUGUCAAAUGCUGCUGCUAAUGGUGUUUCAUGUCCUGUGUAGAUGUGGAUGAGUGUUUGAAUAACCCGUGUAAAAACGAAGGGGCAUGUGUCAAUACGAUUGGAGGAUUCAGUUGUAAAUGCCGACAAGGAUAUAAAGGGGCUCUCUGCGAUGAAGGUACGUUUGUUGUUAAAACCGCACCUUGAACUUUUGUUGACAAAGACGUGAUUAAUGGCGUUGAAGAUGGCCUGAAAUUUCCUUGUUUUUGCUUUGCCUCGCGCUUAAUCACCUGAGAAAAACCUUCUGUUAGAUUUAACUCAACUUAUUAAACUGAAAAUAAAAUAAAUAAAAUUGAUCUGGCCCGACUCAAUUUACCUUUCCUCCUCAGUGUCUUUCCGAAAUUUCCAGAGGUUGUUCAUGCAGAAUGGGUUUCUAAGCCACCUGCGUCGCACAUUUUCUUGACAUCCGGUUUUUCUCAGCUGUUCUAUGACUUCCGAUUUUCCUUUUUCAUUUCAUAUUCUAUGAAGAGUUACUGUUUGUACCUAAUUGAAGUAGAAACUGCUUGGCAAUAUAUUAGUGAUUUUUAGCGUCGUAGAGAACGACCCUUCAUUAGAAUAAACAUUUACAAUCGUUUAACAAGGACGGCAAACACCACAGAGAUGUAAAAAAACAUCAACAACAACAGACAAAAAGAACUAAGUUUGGAGUUAAAGAUGAAGAGACUAGACGCCGACUGCAAAUGGAAAACUUGAAAAAAUUCGGGCUGUGUAUCUUGAGUCGGACAAUCCAUACCUUAAAUCCUUUGACAACUGAGCUUAUCAAGUGGAAUUGUUCUAUAUUUCUGCUUCUCUAAUGAAACUUUUAGCGUUGAUUGAAAUUAUCUUAUUGAGCAAUCAUCUAUGUUGUAUAAGGUCUGAUAAGCCCUCACGCUAUGGGCCUCGUGUGGAAUAAUCUCGAUACCAAAUCUGUGCAAAACAGUUAGAAACACGUUUCUCCUUUUAGACAUAGACGAAUGUGCCAAUUCUCCAUGUAAAAAUGGCGGAAGUUGUAAGAACAACCCCGGGAGCUUUACUUGUACAUGUCAACGGGGAUUUGAAGGCAAACUUUGUGAUCAAGGUAUGAUUUCCUUUUUUCUUUAUGAUUUAAAUUUAUAAAAAAAUACUUUUUCAUUUUAAAAAUUAAGGUAUAGUAAGAGUAUAGUGAGGUAUAGUAAGAGAAAAUCGGUGGAGCUUGUCAUGACGGUGUGUACUUAUUUCUACUGAGAAUAAUUCAUUAAUCUCAUUGCAUAAUUGUUUCAGAUGUGGACGAGUGCUCGAACAACCCGUGCAAGAACGGGGGGACUUGUAUCAACUCGCUUGGAGGAUUUAGCUGUAAAUGUCAACAAGGAUUUAAAGGGGCUCUGUGCGAUGAAGGUAUCAGAUCAAAGUCAGUAUUUCAGCAACUGCGCACUUACCCAUCCUUUAACCCAACGACAGUCAACUGAUAGCGAGGUAGGGUUAAUGUUGGGUAAGGGGAGGGGUAGGUGCGCAGUUGUUCAGAUCGUAGAAUUGAUCCAAGAUAUCCAAUUAACCCUAUAUCCAAUCCAAUUAUCAAGCAAAACAUGUUUUCUCAUCUCCUAGCUUCAGAACCUCCCUAACAUACCCGCCCUCUUUGAUUUUAAUCAAAAGACUAAUGAAGAAUUAGCGUUUACCUAAAUGUGCCAAACCACGUCGACCCAGAAUAAAUGAAUGCUUUCUGUCGUAUGAUCUUUAACUCGCAGCUGUCCAAAUUCGGUGCGCAAACCAGCCGCCAUAUUUGAACAGUUUAUUCAUUUCUAGUUUCGCAACUCGUACUAUUGUUAUUCAAAAUUGCUCUUAGUCAUAAUCUUUUUUUUCAUUCAGACGUAGACGAAUAAGCUAGUUCUCUGGCGGAAAAUGUACAGACACAACAGGGGGUUUUACGUGUUUUACAAUUUAUGCUAUUACGGUUAUAGGUUGAUUUGUGAUCUUACCCACCCUGUUUCAGAUGUUUAGUUAAUGAAACGAAGCGCGGUAGUAAACAGCGCGAUUGUUUAGCAGCGGUGUAAAAGAAAAAAGGGGGCUUGAGUCGCACGCUAAAUGCUGACCCAAGCCCCCCUCGGUUUCGCUCUGCUGCUUCUAUCGCGCCGUUAACAACUUCGCUCCGUUUUGCCAAUUGAUCGCCUGGAACAGGCUACAUCUUACCUUAAACUAACUUUUACGUUCUUUUCUAUCACAGAUAUAAACGAGUGUGCGCUUAGUCAACCCUGUAAGAACGGAGGAACGUGCAUAAAUAUCGUGGGUAGCUUUGAAUGUAAAUGCAAAAAGGGUUACACAGGGACAAAUUGCGAGGAAGGUAAUUUUAGCUUAUGAAUCACCACUUAAUUUUGCACCUAACUUUUCAAUGUAUCCCACCGAAAAGUGCCAGAAAAAUCGUUUGCUUAGUUCUAGAUCCAUGUCAGAGCAGCCCAUGCCAACAUGGAGGCAGCUGCGUAAGGAGAGGGCGUGGUUUUAAAUGUAAAUGUGUCGCAGGGUUCCUUGGUAAACUCUGUGAGAGAGGUAAGGACGUCUAAACAAGUUACUUAUAAUGAUUAUAAAAAUGUUUGUCUUUAGCAAGCUGUAAUUUCGUCAUAAAAUGCACACUUAGCAUAUUACUUAGGGGAUUGGAGGAAAUACAAAUACAGCUGUCACUACCAUGACAAAGCUUGCUAAUAUUAGACGGUGGUUUUAAACACUCCAUUGGCGACUGUUCUAUGUUUUUCCUGCAGAUGAAGAUGAAUGUAGAAAGAGCCCUUGUCGUAAAGGUUCCACGUGCGUUAAUAACAUAGGGAGCUUUCAGUGCUUGUGUCCCCCCGGAAUGCAAGGGAAACUGUGUGAACAAGGUAACCGUGGUAACCAUGUUCUACAUCCUAAUUGUACCCAGUACAGUAUUAAUUCUGAUCUCUUUUUUUUAAUAUGAGGUUGAACUGCAAUUGCGACUAUAGCCUGGCCCUCAUUAUUGGCGCUGUAGGACGUGGCGAGAUUUGAGACGAGUCAGGGAGACUUUUGCCAGGGGUCUGGCAAUAGUGCUAGACUCUUCACAGUACCCUCUCACCGGCUCGCGUAACUCAUGACCUUACCUUAUACUUUCCCGGGAGCAAAAGAAACACCCAUGCCAAAGCGCUAAUAAUGAUGGGCCUACUUGUAGGCUACUUCGAUUAAAAACCUUAGGUCUCAUUUCAAAGAAAUAUUACGUUUUUACAGACGUGAACGAGUGCCGGCAGCAGCUGUGUUUAAAUGGAGCUACAUGUGUUAAUUCAAUUGGUGGCUUUCACUGCAAAUGUAAGAGUGGAUUCAGCGGAAAGUUUUGUGAGAAUGGUAGGUUAAACAUAUAAAUAUAGACUUUGCAACUUUAGACCAUUUGAGUUGAUUUUAAGGAAUAUUGCCUCUAGGAAAUAAGACUUCGCUCCUUAAUUUCUUGCGGACUGGUAAGAUUUCGGGUAUUUCCCCGUUCUCGAUCGGUUGUAUCUGCAUUCAUUGAGCGUGUGUUUAACUGUCACUUCACAUAAAAAUAAGGAGGUUUCUUUUUCCAACAGAUGUGAACGAGUGCAAACUUGGCUUCGACCCCUGUAAAAAUGGAGGGACCUGUGUCAACAAACACGAUGGAUUUCAGUGUCUGUGCCCACCUGGCAUUACAGGAAUGCUGUGUGAUGUUGGUAUGACAAUCAUUGUGUUUCUACCAUGUACCUAAAUUCGAUCUCUAAGAUCUUGCAAAGAUUUUCCUUGAUUUUUUUAUGAUAUUGCGAAGAUUUAUGUUUUUGAUUUUUUAAAAUGAAGUAUAACCACCAAGAAGCAUCGUUGGUGAAGAUACAGCUUGUCAGCAGGCCGUCAUUAUUAGUGCUAAACUCUAGGUAAACGUCUCCCCGACUCGUCUCAAAUCUUCCCGCGGGCGGAGAAACGCGCGUCGUGCAGCACUAAUAAUGAGAGCUUGAUGAAUGAGGACUGUGCAAGUACCUUGUACUUCCGAGCCCACAAAAGAAACGUUUAGCUGUAUUCGAGCCAAGAAAAUUAGCUAAAGCAGUAUCAUUGGGAAAAACCUGCGUAACAAAUACAGAAUGAUUGCAAGGCUGCCCCGAACGUUUCCUCUCCCACCAGCGCGCAGCUCUCCCAAAAAGAUUCAAAAGCCUGGAAAAGUCAAAAAUAGGAUAUUCAACUGGUCAUAUUAGAGAUUUCCACCGAGAGGUAACCUACUAUAGCGAUUAAAAUAUCGAGCUCUUUUUUCUACUUAAACACAAUUUUUCCUCACAGAUGUAAACGAGUGCAAGCAACUUCUAUGUAGAAACGGCGCUGCAUGUAAGAACACGCUUGGGAGUUUCGAAUGCAGAUGUAAGAGUGGGUACAGUGGAAAGUUUUGCGAGAAAGGUUUGUUAAUUUGAAAUAGUUUGUUAACCUGAUACGAUCGAGUUUGAUCGCGCGACAAGAGUGUCGCUGUGAAGCGGAAGCUAGUGAAACGCGAGAGACUUGGGUCGGAUCGCGUUCCCAAGCAUCUCUUGUUCUUUCCCUCUUCCGCAGUUUAAUAUCGCGCUCCGUUUUACUAACUAAACGCCUGAAACAGGCGAAGGCCAUGUAGGUUAUCGAGAAAAUUUAUAUUACUUCACACUGUAAUUGGUCUCAGCAAAUCACAUGCAAAAUUUAAACCAAUAGUUGGUCAUCAGCGUUUUCUCGCGCUCGCUUUACUUUGAGUUCUCAUUGGCUCUUAAUGAUGUGUUUUAUCUUUCCUCUGAUUGGCCGGUCUGAAUUCUUAAGUAUUAACCGAAAGACACUCAAUGGCAAUACUUGCUAAAAGCAUAUUGUAUUCUUUUCUACUGACCAGGAACCUGCUCCAAUCAGGGUCAGUAUGACUUGGGUCUGAUCAUCGACGGCGGUAGAAGCGUUGGUAACUAUGGUUUCGUUCAAACUAAGUGGUUUCUCCUACAACUAAUUUCCCGGUUCUCUGUGAACUUACGCAAAACACACUUUGGAGUAAUACUAUACAAUAACAAGCCCCGGUUAAUUUGCGGAUUUACAGAUGCGACUUCUUACAACCCAGUCCUCCUCAAACUGAAGAUCUUGGCUAUGGAGUUCCCGAAUGGAGAUGUAAGAACUGACAAGGCACUGAAAAUGGCGGGAGAAGAGUUGUUCAAAGCAGGAAAAGACAGACAAAACGUCCCUGAUGUGCUACUCGUGAUUGUCGAAGGGAAAACUGAACAAAACAGCGAGCCAUAUAAGGAUGUUCUAAUACCUCUUAAGGUUUGUGUAGUGUAAGAACAGACCAACCAAACAGCCGUAAGUCUUCCACAUUUUUUCUUUCGAUAGGCAUUUUCAUUUGCACGUUUAUUAGUUUUGUUACACCACAUUAGCACUUUCUGGGAAUUUUCAACUGACUAUUGAUAUUAAUCCGGGACUGCGUCGUUUUCUCUCAUUUCGCUUGUGAUUGGUCCAUUCAACUUACUCCACUCUCUCACCCAAUCAAAUGCGACGCAACCGCGAUUUGGGCACUCCUGUUUUCCCGCGCUUUCAGAAGUUUUGUUGUUCUUAUGAGGAGUCUCCACAAGCUAUAUUCACUGCCUCCCUGUGAUGUUCCUUUGUUUUGAUUGGUUGAUGUAAUUACAUUGGUUUGACGCAACCCAAUCGAUAUACGCUCUUGACUAACAGCUAAAUGACCGUGUUCUUAUGUCAGGAUCGUGGUGUGAAUAUCAUAGCUGUUGGAAUUGGAGAUCAAAUUAGCGUGGAUGAGUUGAAAGAGAUCGCCUUGGGAAAAAGUGACAACGUCAUACACGUUCAAACAAUCGGUGACCUUAAAGCUCAGGAACUCAAGGAGAAGAUCCUGAAGAUAUGUUAGACAGAAUAUAUCGCUACAACGAAGACUGACAAUAUUUAAGAAACAUUCUGUUUACAACGGGGAACAUAACAUCUUUCUAUAUGACGAGAUUUAACUUGUUUGAUCUAUGUCUUCUUACGAUAAACAUAAACUACUUCUGUGAUGGUUAUAAACAUAAAAUCAAUAAAACGAACGGGUGGUAGCUUUUUAGUUUGCGUCAUCGAACUCAUA